CAUAUUCAAACACAUUGCAAUAACGCCCCAAUCAUCCAUGGCUCCAAGCAAGCUUCAGAAAGCCAUUGGGGCGGUGAAGGACCAGACGAGCAUCAGCCUCGCCAAGGUCAGCAGCAGCGCCACCAUCUCCGACCUGGAGGUCGCCAUUGUCAAGGCCACCCGCCACGAGGAGUUCCCAGCGGACGAGAAGCACAUCCGCGAGAUCCUCGGCCUGACCCGCUACUCCCGCUCCUACGUCGCCGCCUGUGUGGCCACUAUCUCCCGCCGCCUCAGCAAGACGGGCAAUUGGGUGGUGGCCCUCAAAACCCUAAUGCUCGUCCACCGCCUUCUCGUGGAGGGCGACCCCGUCUUCGAGCAGGAGAUCUUCUUCGCCACCCGCCGCGGCAUCCGAUUCCUCAACAUGUCGGAUUUCCGCGACACUUCGCGGUCGAAUUCCUGGGACUUCUCGGCCUUCGUCCGCACCUACGCAUUGUAUCUAGAUGAGCAGCUGGAGUUUAAGACGCUCGUCAAGAGGGGCAAGCGGGGCGCCGCCACCAACGGUGAAGACCAGGAAGAGGAAGUGGCGGCGCGUGGGAGAGGCACGUCGGCGCAGAACAUGAAGAUUAAGCACAUCUUCUCCAGAACCCGGCGGCUGAUGCGGCUGCUCGAGAGGUUCUUGGCUUGUCGCCCCACAGGUGCAGCGAAGCACAACAGGAUGGUGUUCAUGGCGCUCUACGCAAUAGUGAAAGAAAGUUUCCACAUAUACUACAACAUGACAGAGAUGCAUAGCAUCUUAAUCGAACGCUUCAUGGGACUAGAAGUCGCCGACUGCGUCAAGGUCUACGAGAUCUUCUCUCGGAUUUCAAAUCAAUUUGAUGAUCUUGAUGCCUUUUAUGGGUGGUGCAAGAAUGUUGGAAUCGCCCGAUCUUCGGAGUACCCCGACGUCGACAAAAUCACCCAGAAAAAGCUCGAUCUUAUGGAUGAAUAUAUGAGGGGAAAAUCCAUGGUCGGGCACCGGAGGGAGAAGUCCGUGGUGCAUUUCGAACAGAGGCGCGAGGAAGAAGACGACCGGAAGUCUGAAUUAGUUGUCGAAGAGGACAUGAAUCAGAUCAAGGCGCUGCCGCCACCGGAGGGGUUUCCCGAGAAGCCGGAGAAGGAAGAGGAGGAAGAAGAGGUGAAAGUGGACGUAAAGGACGAGAAAGAAGCCGACUUGUUGAACUUGGGGGAAGAUGCAGUUACCUGUGAAGAGCAUGGAGACAGAUUAGCUCUGGCUCUGUUUGAUGGGGUUGCUACACUGACGAACGAUGUCAGAGCCGAGACAACGAGAACGGCAUGGGAAGCGUUCAAGGAUACGGACAAUUGGGAGACGGCCCUCGUCCAGUCCGCCAGCCAGUUGCAGAACCAGCAGGCGUCGCUGCCGGGUGGUUUUGAUACAAUGCUGCUGGAUGGGAUGUAUCAGCAAGGAGCAGCAAUGCAGGCAAUGGCCCCCUCAGGUUACAUGGCCACUGGAAGUGCCAGCAGCAUUGCAAUUGACUCGGCCGGGAGGCCGGCGAUGCUGGCCCUGCCCGCACCCCCAAAGGCGGCCGGACCUGCCAUAACGAGCACCGACCCAUUUGCGGCCUCGCUCCCUGUGCCCCCGCCAAAUUAUGUGCAGAUACCAGAGAUGGAGAAGAAGCACAUAUUGUUAGUAGAGCAGCUAAUGUGGCAGCAAUACUCAAGAGAUGGGAUGCCAGGGCAGAUUGGAUUCACAAAUAUACAACAGCCAAAUCCCUACACUUACAUGGGAGGUUACUCACACACACUCUGAUACCUUGCUAAUUAAAUAGGCAUCUUUCUGCUGUCUUCUUCUUCUUGAAACUGAUAGGCUUUACAAAGUUGUGCCUUGGAGUCGUCCCAGAUUUCUCCUGAUCAGUACUCUUGAUUGUGCAGUUAAUUGUUGAGGCCUC